AUGAAGCGACGUUUGGAUGAUCAAGAAUCAUCGGUGUAUGCAGCUCAGCAGCGGCGGAUCCCUGGUAACACAGAGGCUUUUCCUCAUCAGCACCGAGUGCUCGCCCCUGCCCCUGCCCCUCCUGUGUAUGAAGCUGUGGCGGAGACCAUGCAGUCAGCCACAGGCAUUCAGUACUCCGUCACUCCCAGUUAUCAGGUUUCAGCUGUGCCACCGGGCUCUGGUGGCAGUCAUGGACCCACCAUAGCAGCGGUUCAUAGCAGCCAUCAUCACCCAACAGCUGUGCAGCCCCACGGAGGCCAGGUGGUCCAGAGUCAUGCUCAUCCAGCCCCACCAGUUGCACCAGUACAGGGACAGCAGCAGUUUCAGAGGCUCAAGGUGGAGGAUGCACUGUCCUAUCUUGACCAGGUGAAGCUGCAGUUUGGUAGUCAGCCUCAGGUCUACAAUGAUUUCCUUGACAUCAUGAAGGAAUUUAAAUCACAGAGCAUUGACACUCCAGGAGUGAUAAAUCGUGUGUCCCAGCUCUUCAAAGGCCAUCCAGACCUGAUCAUGGGCUUCAAUACCUUCUUGCCUCCUGGCUACAAGAUUGAGGUGCACCCCAAUGACAUGGUGAAUGUGACAACUCCUGGCCAGGUCCAUCAGAUUCCCACCCAUGGCAUCCAGCCCCAGCCUCAACCACCACCCCAACAUCCUUCCCAGUCUUCAGCCCAGUCAGCCCCAGGUCCUGCCCAGCCAGCUCCUCAGCCCCCACCUGCCAAAGUCAGCAAGCCUUCCCAACUACAAGCACAUACUCCCGCCAGCCAGCAGACCCCCCCACUCCCACCAUACGCAUCCCCACGCUCUCCACCUGUCCAACCUCAUACACCAGUGACAAUCUCGUUGGGAACGGCCCCAUCCUUGCAGAACAAUCAGCCUGUGGAGUUUAAUCAUGCUAUCAACUAUGUUAAUAAGAUCAAGAACAGGUUCCAGGGCCAACCAGACAUCUACAAAGCAUUCCUGGAAAUUUUGCACACAUAUCAGAAAGAGCAGCGAAAUGCCAAGGAAGCUGGAGGAAACUACACUCCAGCAUUGACUGAGCAGGAGGUUUAUGCCCAGGUGGCUCGUCUUUUUAAAAAUCAAGAAGAUCUGUUGUCAGAGUUUGGACAAUUUUUACCAGAUGCCAACAGCUCUGUGCUUUUAAGCAAAACAACUGCGGAAAAGGUUGAUUCUGUGAGAAAUGACCAUGGAGGCACGGUGAAGAAGCCCCAACUGAACAACAAGCCGCAGAGGCCCAGCCAGAAUGGCUGCCAGAUCCGGAGGCACUCUGGAACAGGAACCACCCCUCCGGUGAAGAAGAAACCCAAACUUCUCAGUCUAAAGGAUUCUUCUAUGGCAGAUGCCAGCAAGCAUGGCGUAGGAACUGAAUCAUUAUUUUUUGAUAAGGUUCGAAAGGCUCUGCGGAAUGCAGAGGCCUAUGAAAAUUUCCUGCGCUGUCUUGUUAUCUUUAACCAGGAGGUGAUCUCUCGGGCUGAGCUUGUGCAAUUAGUCUCUCCUUUCCUGGGGAAAUUUCCUGAAUUAUUUAAUUGGUUUAAAAACUUUCUGGGCUAUAAGGAGUCUGUACAUUUGGAAACCUUUCCAAAGGAACGAGCUACAGAGGGCAUUGCUAUGGAAAUAGAUUAUGCCUCUUGUAAACGGUUGGGUUCCAGCUACCGAGCCCUCCCAAAGAGUUAUCAGCAGCCUAAGUGUACAGGACGGACUCCUCUCUGUAAAGAGGUUUUAAAUGAUACCUGGGUUUCCUUCCCUUCCUGGUCUGAAGACUCCACCUUUGUUAGUUCCAAGAAAACUCAGUAUGAAGAACAUAUCUAUCGUUGUGAAGAUGAACGCUUUGAGCUUGAUGUAGUUUUAGAGACCAAUUUGGCAACAAUCCGGGUUCUGGAAGCAAUACAGAAGAAGCUUUCCCGUUUGUCUGCUGAGGAACAAGCCAAAUUUCGCUUGGAUAACACCCUAGGGGGCACAUCAGAAGUUAUCCAUCGAAAAGCACUCCAGAGGAUAUAUGCUGACAAAGCUGCCGACAUCAUUGAUGGUCUGAGGAAGAACCCCUCCAUUGCUGUCCCCAUUGUACUUAAAAGGUUGAAGAUGAAAGAGGAAGAAUGGCGAGAAGCUCAGAGGGGCUUUAAUAAGGUGUGGAGAGAGCAAAAUGAGAAAUACUACUUGAAGUCUCUGGACCAUCAGGGUAUCAACUUUAAACAGAAUGACACCAAGGUCCUAAGGUCUAAGAGCUUACUCAACGAGAUUGAGAGUAUCUAUGAUGAGAGGCAAGAGCAGGCUACUGAAGAAAAUGCUAGCAUACCUGCCGGCCCGCACCUCUCUCUGGCCUAUGAAGACAAGCAGAUCCUGGAGGACGCUGCUGCCCUGAUUAUCCACCACGUGAAGAGACAGACAGGCAUUCAGAAGGAGGACAAAUAUAAAAUCAAGCAGAUCAUGCAUCACUUCAUUCCAGAUCUGCUCUUUGCUCAGAGGGGUGAUCUCUCGGAUGUAGAGGAAGAGGAAGAAGAAGAGAUGGAUGUAGAUGAUGCCACAGGGGUGGCUAAGAAGCACAAUGGGGUUGGGGGCAGCCCCCCCAAGUCUAAGCUACUAUUUAGCAACACAACAGCACAGAAGCUAAGAGGGAUGGAUGAAGUGUACAACCUCUUCUAUGUUAAUAACAACUGGUACAUCUUUAUGCGACUGCACCAGAUUCUUUGCUUGAGACUUCUGCGGAUUUGUUCCCAAGCAGAACGGCAGAUCGAAGAAGAAAACCGAGAGAGGGAGUGGGAGCGGGAAGUGCUGGGCAUAAAGCGAGACAAAAGCGACAGCCCUGCCAUCCAGCUCCGUCUUAAAGAACCUAUGGAUGUUGAUGUAGAAGAUUAUUACCCAGCUUUCCUGGAUAUGGUGCGGAGCCUACUGGAUGGCAACAUUGACUCAUCGCAAUAUGAAGAUUCACUGCGAGAGAUGUUCACCAUUCAUGCCUACAUUGCCUUCACCAUGGACAAGCUCAUCCAGAGCAUUGUCAGACAGCUUCAGCACAUUGUGAGUGAUGAGAUCUGUGUGCAAGUGACUGACCUUUACCUGGCAGAAAACAAUAAUGGGGCUACUGGAGGCCAGCUGAACACACAGAGUUCAAGGAGUCUCUUGGAGUCAGCAUAUCAGCGGAAAGCCGAACAGCUCAUGUCAGAGGAGAACUGCUUUAAGCUUAUGUUCAUUCAGAGCCAAGGCCAGGUUCAGCUGACUAUUGAGCUUUUGGACACAGAAGAGGAGAACUCAGAUGACCCUGUAGAAGCUGAGCGCUGGUCAGACUAUGUGGAGCGAUACAUGCAUUCUGAUACUACCUCUCCUGAGCUUCGUGAGCAUCUGGCACGGAAACCAGUAUUUCUCCCAAGGAACCUGCGGCGGAUCCGGAAGUGUCAGCGUGGUCGAGAACAGCAAGAAAAGGAAGGGAAGGAAGGAAACAGCAAGAAGAGCUUGGAGAAUGUGGAUAGCCUGGAUAAACUGGAGUGUAGGUUCAAGCUGAACUCCUACAAGAUGGUGUAUGUGAUCAAGUCUGAGGACUACAUGUAUCGGAGGACUGCAUUGCUCCGGGCUCAUCAGUCCCAUGAGCGUGUAAGCAAGAGACUACAUCAGAGGUUCCAGGCCUGGGUAGAUAAGUGGACCAAGGAGCACGUGCCCCGUGAAAUGGCAGCGGAGACCAGCAAGUGGCUCAUGGGUGAGGGGCUGGAGGGCCUGGUACCCUGUACCACCACCUGUGACACAGAGACUCUGCAUUUUGUGAACAUUAACAAGUACCGUGUCAAAUACGGCACAGUGUUCAAAACCCCAUAA